GUAAGAUGGAAUCGAGCGAAGAAUUUAACGGUGCUGUCAGGGUAAAAGUGGAACCUGGAAACGAGUCACAUAUUCAUGAUGAUUUUAAUAUUAUUCACAAGAUACCUGAUAUCCAAAAUGUUCAAUCUCAACAAAAAAAUUCAAUUUGUGUGCUUCGAAUAUUAGACGAAACUCAUGAAAGUGAGCUUGACAAUAUAAAAAUCGAAUUCGAAUGUAAAGACGAGAAGCUCAGCAUAAAUUCAUUAGUAGACAAUAAAAUUGAAGAUUAUUCUCGAAAUUGCUUGCAUAAUAUAAAAUACAACAAUGAUUAUAAACCUCUGACCGCAGUUAAAAUAGAAGCUGUGGACGAAGUGAAAAAAGAAUUGAACUUGAAUUUCAGCAAUGAAUGUAUCUAUGCAUGUAAGACUUGUGAAAAAACAUUUACUCGUAAAAUUCAUCUAAAGAGACACAUCAAAUUAUCGCAUCAUAGUAUCGGCUAUGCGUGUGAUACAUUUGUGAAAAAAUACUCAAGGAACGUUAAUCUUAAGAGACAUAUGGAUUCGAUGCAUAAGGGUAUUACCUACACCUGUGAAACAUGCGGGAAGAAUUUCGCAACGAAAAGCUCUCUCAAACUUCACAUCAAGACUGUGCAUAAUGGUAUCACCCACACCUGUGAAACAUGUGGUAAGACAUUUUCACAAAAAGGUAAUCUCAAAAUCCACACGGAGGCUAUGCAUAAAGGUAUCACCCACACAUGUAGCACAUGUGGGAAGACAUUUUCACAUAAGUAUAGUCUCAAAAUCCAUACCGAGGCUAUGCAUAAAGGUAUUACCCACACCUGUGAAACAUGCGGGAAGAAAUUCGCAGCGAAAAGCUCUCUCAAAAUCCACAUCGAGGCUGAGCAUAAUGGUAUCGACCACACCUGUGAAACAUGUGGGAAGAAAUUUUCAUAUAAGGGUUAUCUCAAAAUCCACAUCGACUCUUUGCAUAAGCGUAUCACCCACACCUGUGAUACAUGUGGGAAGACAUUUUCACAAAAGGGUAAUCUCAAAAUCCACACGGAGGCUAUGCAUAAAGGUAUCACCCACACAUGUGGCACAUGUGGGAAGAAAUUCAGAACGAAAGGUUCUCUCAAAACCCAUAUUGGUAGGUUACAUAAUAAUAUCAGAUAUUAAUGCGUUAGAUGUGGAAAGAUAUUCAUAGAAAAGAGACGUUUUCAAAUCCAUAUCGAUACGGCACAUUCCUGUCGCAUCAUGAAUUAAUCGAUCUUCUUUUAUAAUAACAUCACAGAUUCUUCUUAUGAUUGUGUUACUUUUUUAUAUAAACAUAUAACGUCUAAAAGAGUUAAAAAAAUAAAUACAUUUUUGAACGAAACUGAAACACUGAAAGGUCCCAAUGGUCAAUUUGUGGCACGAGAUUUUGUGAAA